AUGGUCUCCCGCAUUGCCAGUAAUACGAACCUUGCCCAGCGGGGGUUCGAACUGGGUCUUCAUCGGUACAAUUGCAAGAAUCCCUCCCAGGGCAAUUUUGUCUCUGACAAGCUGAUGGCAACUACUGUUGAGGCUAUUUCCGGUGCCGUCUUCCUAGAAACAAGCUGGGUUCGAGCAGCAUUGCAGAGAAUUGUGGAUGCAUGA